GUCUACAUUGCUCGCGCCACUUUCUAAAAUCGGAAGUUGUUAGGUAUAUCAUGGCGAUGUUGUCAAGAUUUAAGUUGUUUCUAGCCACUUUGGCUUGUUUAUAUUUGUUUGAUUUCCCACUGGUAUCAUGUGCUCGUUUCGGAUCGAAGGCAACAACGCUUCACUUUCCUUCAAAGACCGCCGAAGACAAAUUUCGUAAUAGUGAACAUGUAUUACAAUACGACGGUAGCGGUUUUCCAGCUGGACAGCAAGCAAAGCAGGUGUUGCGAGAAAAGCGUAAGGCGGCGGGGGAGUCAACAACAGUAACACCCACCCCUACGACGGGCCACCCGCCCCCUGACGUGACGUUCGUUCACAUGAAUGAUUCGCAUCACCAGCUCAUUGUGCUGUGGGCAGGCCAGGGAAGCGACGUCCUGGUUGCUUUGGCGCGUGACAUCGCCCAGAACAACCAGUCCACAAGUCGUGUGUUCAUCUCUUACGAUUAUGGCCUGACAUUUGAGGAGAGGAUAGGACCUGGAAAAGCGGUCGGCGCUGGCAUGAUUAUAAACCACUUCUACAACAGUCCUGUUGUGAGCAGCCAUUACGUGUUCACGGACACCGUUCACAACGCGACACUGUCGACGCAGGACUACGGCCGCAGUUUCAAGAGGCACGACUGCCCAUUCCGGCCGACUCAAAUCUCCAUGCAUUCUGAGAACUCCGAUUUCAUCCUCGGAAUGGACGAGAAGGAUCCAGCUAAACGGCUGUGGAUUUCAGAGGACUUUGGAUCAACUUGGAGUAUUUUGCAGUACAGGGUGAAAUCAUACUUCUGGGGUGUGACGCCGUACGACGCUGCGGACACCAUCUACGUGGAGCGGGAGGACCCGAGCGGUCUGUCGACGGUGUUCCGCUUCGAGGACUACCUCACCACCGACCAGAUGGUGGUCAUGAAGAACGUCGUCGACUUUGAAGUUCGCGACAAGUACAUGUUCGCAACACGAAAAGUGAAUCUGCUCGGUGCGAGAAACGAGACACUGCAGCUGUGGGUGUCGUACGACAGGGGUCCGUUCCUUCGCGCCAUCUUCCCGGGAAAUCUACGAGAGCUGGACUACUACAUACCGGACGCGUCGGAAGACCAGGUGUUUGUGUGCGUCAACCACGAGGGCAUUCGCACGCAUCUGUACAUAUCCAACGUGCAGGGCACUAGCUUCACGCUGUCCAUGGAGGACAUACUCUACUUCAACCCGGAGGGCGCCGGCAAGGACACGUGGGUCAGCCUGUUCCUGGACGAGACGUUCGCUGACUUCCACAAGGUGGAGGGUCUGCGUGGGGUCUACAUCGCCUCGCAGGUGAAGAACGGCAGCUUCUCGAUGGACAACACCAUCACGCUGAUCACGUUCGACAAGGGCGGACUCUGGGACCGGCUGCAGCCACCGCGAUUCGACAACCAUGGCAACCGCAUCGACUGCGACAUGAGCAAGAACUGCUCGCUGCACCUGACACAGAGGUUCGCCCAGCUGUCGCAGACAAGUCAGGACAUGCGCAUCCUGUCGAAGGAGUCGGCGCCCGGUCUGAUCCUCGCAACGGGAACCAUCGGAACGUCGCUGAAACGCGACUCGCUCGUCUUCGUGUCGACGACUGGUGGCGUCACCUGGUACCAGAUCCUGGAUGCUCACUACUUCUUUACUUUUGCCGAUCACGGAGGCGUCAUAGUUGCGGCUAGACAGUUUGCGAAGACCAACGAACUCAAGUAUUCAUGGAACUUCGGCAAGACGUGGGAGACGUACCUACUCGGCGACGAGAUGCAUAUCUACGGCAUACUGACCGAGCCGGGAGAGAAGACGACCAUCUUCACGCUGUUCGGCUCCAAGAUCGACGCGCACCAAUGGAUACUCGUCAAGAUCGACAUGGCUCCCGUGCUGGGGCGUAACUGCACGGACGAGGACUACAAGCUGUGGACGGCGAGCGACGAUCGCACGACGGACGCGUGCCUGCUCGGCCGCCGCACGACCUACCAGCGGCGGCAGACGUUUGCGCGCUGCUACAACGGCCGCGACUACGACCGCCCCAUCACCUCCUCCAACUGCAGCUGCACCCGCGAGGACUUCGAGUGCUCCGUCGGUUACACGGAAAACACGUACAACGAGUGUAUCGCGAACGACUACGUUGCGUUUGAUAGCGGCCUCGGCAGCUGCCCCGAGGGGCUCAUUGUUCCGCACACGCGAGGAUACAGACGCGUGCCAGGAGACACGUGCGAGGGAGGCCAGAUCGAUGUGUAUGCUCCUAAGAUGGUGCCUUGUGAAGUUAAACGUAUGUGA